AUGAAAAAAUCAAUAAGUGCUUCCUCUUGUAGUGGCUACAAAUUGAAUAAUGAUUCUACCAGAAUUGAAUCGUUUCCAGAUUCAACAAGAGUUUUAUAGAUGAAUAUAAGUCAUUAUGAAGACACAUUAUCAUAAGAAGUAUUUAUUUCCACAGCUUACGAACACAUACGAGAAGUUAGAGUAUACUGAUUAAUUUAUUAACAGGAUCUAAUUGUUAAUUCUCGAUAAAGUAUGAAACCAUUGAGAGAAGCAAUAAGUCAAUUACGAAAUUAGAUUUAGACCGUGGAACAUUAAUAAAAGAAAGAUUAAAUAAAUUUAGAAUAUGAUAUCAGCUAAAGCAUACAUAAAUUAAAAUAAGUAAGCCUUGGAUAGAUUAUUCAAGAAAAUAAAUUAAUUUGAAAUCGUUUAAACUGGAGAGUUUGCCUUGUUAUAAGAGUAAAUUUAGAAACUGUAACAUGAUGAUUAAGAAAUAAUUUAGAAUAUUGAUACCUUAGAAUUAAGAAUAAUAGAUUUAGCUCCUUAAAUUGGGUAAUACACAUAUUAAGAAUAUUAAUAAUGA